CGAGAUAAAAGCCUCCUUGCUGCAAGGUUCCGAAGUAGAACGUUGGAGGCCUGAACUGCGCGUGAGAACUGCUACUUCCCUGCUGCUGGUUAGAGCCGCAGGGUCCAGCCGUCGCCAUGCAUGUCAAAAUCAAGGUGGUGUAUUGUGGGGCCUGAGGAUACAGUCCCAAGUAUCAGCAGCUCAAGAAGGAACUCGAAAAGGAGUUUCCGGGCAAGCUGGAAAUGACUGGCGAAGGGACUCGUGAGUCCACAGGAUGGUUUGAAGUCACAGUGGCUGGGAAGCUUGUGCAUUCCAAAAAGAAUGGAGAUGGCUUUGUAGAUGAUAGUGCCAAGCUGAAGAAGAUAAUCAUGGCCAUCAAAGCCGCCUUGGUGUAAGGACGGCUGGAAGAAUGCACCCAACAGCUUAAUGCUUAGCAGAGCAGCUCAAAGGAAAAUCUGUUUUGUUCACCUUGGCCGAGCGCUUGAUGACGGGAGCUGCUGAAACGUCAACCGACACCUGGCAGUUUCCUGAAAACCCUUGCGUAGGAUGCCAGCUUGAGCAAAGCCUGAUGGGAGAAUUUGAGCUCUGAAUAAGAUGCACUUUGACACCUGUGUGCUGACCUGGGCAGCGCCCAGCAACUACAGUGCCUAACACCUUGGUGUUGUGUAUUCAGUGUGUGCUGCACGCAAUCUUGGCUUUCUCUGUAGUUCUUGUUUUAAUCUGAUAUACUAAUGGUGGAAACUGAUUCUAGAUCGCAGUGGAGGGUAGGCAUCGUAGAGCCCUCUCACCAAACAAACAAAACAAACUUGUUCUGGCUUCUUAGAUCACGGGAUGCUCUCGGGUGCUUUUGCCUUCUGCGAGUUGGCAACUUAAAAUACGCUUACCCAGUGCUUACACAACAUGGUGGAAUCCAAUUCCUUUUCCACCCCAAAAAAAAUACAUUUCAUUUAAUAUAGGCCCCAAACAUGCAACUUGAGUAUUCUUUCUUGUUCCUUUCCCACCCCACUCCCGAUUUUCAAGUUGCAAGAUGGGGG